ACGUGCAGGGAUGAGACCCAUGGACCACAGCAUGCUGAAAUGUUGUCUCUUCUCUCUACUCUUGCUAACAGUGUCUGCAGCAGACCCUCCAUCCAAUGCAGCCAUUUUAGCUAGUGAAAUGACUCCAGGCAAUGCAUCCAAUACAGCCAAUGCAGGCCAACCACCCAAUACAUCCAACACAGCCAGUACAAACCAACCACCCAACACAGCCAGUACAAACCAACCAUCCAACACAGCCACUUCACCCAGGGCAACGACACCCUCCUGUACAACACGUCGAUGUCUGGCCAGCAUGCUGAUUGCGAAAGAAGCUCUGAGUCAGCCACAGUCUCCAUCAUGCAUCUCAAAUAUCAGUGUGCCGUUAAUAGUGUAUGAAACUCUGUCUGUCGACACAAAAGAUCUCCGCUUCGAGAGUCAUCUGCAAGUCAUGUUGUCUUGGGAAGACCCUGAUUUAUCAUGGGACACAUCAGUCUAUCAUCAUGAUAUGGUGGUCCUGCCUGUCAGCAAAAUCUGGACUCCUGAACUCCAUGUGACUAAUGGAGUGCAAACAACGAUGAAGCACGGCAACAAGGAUUUGCUGGUGCACAGCAACGGGACUAUAGAGCACAUGGUCAUCAUGAACACUGUGGUGGGCUGUGAGGUCAAUCUGUACAACUACCCCUUCGCUUCAGAUUUCUGCCCCAUCGCCAUCAAUGUAUGGGCACUUAAAGGAUGUGGCAUGUUCCUGAACUUUGGGAAAGUGAGCACAACUAGUGCAAACCGCGGAGACUGGCUAACCGAGGAGGUGGAACUCAAUGCUAAAGGAGGCAGAGAUGAUCGCAACUAUCUAUGGGUGUCGCUGAAAAUGAGGUCUGAAAACCCGUUUCUGUACCUGGUCCUGCCCAGUAUACUGAUCAUUGUGGCAGAUGUGGUGAGCUUCUCCCUGCCACUGGGAGGGGGCGAGCGUAUCUCAUUCAAGGUUACACUGGUUCUCAGCUUCAUCAUGUUCCUCAUCAUCCUCAACGACCUACUGCCUGGAGGAGGCCAGUGCAGCCCCAUCAUCCGAAAGCACUUCUGUUUCUGUUUGGUCAUCCUGGUGUUGAGCACGUUGCAGUCUAUGGUGCUCACACGCCUGGCUAAGUGUGGCACUCUCUGGCCCUGCAGCCUCUCUAAGUCCAAAGACUCACUGCUUAAAGACACAGACAAUGAAGAGGAAUCCAAGUCUGAUAUUAAAGCCUCAGAGGAAGAGAAGAAUACAGCCCUCCAGAAGGUGGUGAAGUUUCUCAACAAAAUGGCUGCACAAGACCACAAAAAUGCUAUACACCAUCGCUUUGCCAACAAAGUGGACUUGGUCUGUUUCUGUAUCUAUCUCACCGUCCUCAUUGUUUAUGCAGUCGUCAUUUUAUAUUUCUCCUUUGGUUCUCGAUGUGAGAUCAACCAAUUAGAUUUCUGGUCAUAAAUUCUUUAUUCGCUUUUAACAACCAUCAUUUCAAAAAAAUAUUGGUGUAUUUGGGUCUUCAGAAAUUUUGCAAGCACAAACAAAAAGCUAGUUGUUUUGAGUUUCUGGGUAAAAUAAAUAGAUGUGUUUAUUCUUAAAUAGAGCUUUAACAAUAUUUAUUUAAACAUGUUUAGAACUAGCCAGUCAUAUGUGUAAUAAUACAUUUAGCAAUUAGGGCUCUAAUGAAUACAUGUAAUGGGGACUGAAGCACUGUAAUCCCCCAGAAUAGAGGCCUAGAACUCUAAUGAAUACAUGUAAUGGGGACUGAAGCUGUAGUAUUAGUAGUGUGGAAACAAAUCAACAGUGUGUUAUUUCCUAUAGAGGCAGUGUGAAGGCCUUAUAUUAUCUCCUAACUAAGCAGGUUCUCAACCUCAGGCUGAGAUAUCAAAUAGUCUCUCGAUCAUCUCCUCCACCUGCGCUGGGCUGUAUUUGUGGUAUCUCUCAGGGUGUUUGGAGAAAUCAUGGUCACAUCUGUGUAAAGGACCAUAAUAAAUGAAUAUCACUGUACCAGCGUUCUGUAUGAAAUUGUUACUGCACAUCAAUAUUGAACAGUGGUGAAUAAAAGAACACAUGAAUUGUUCAUAGAGACCAAACAUUCAUGGGACAUCCCAGUUUCACCUACAAUAUUUGAAAAGCAUCAGUUAUUCAACCACCUUAUGUGUGCUGAAUUCCAAAUGGACCCCCUAUUCCCUAGCCACCCUAGCAGAUCUAAGAGGAUUGGAUAGGUAGAAGCAAUAUGACAUUUUCACUAGGCCAAUCAGAAGGCAAGAUGAAGGUAUUACCAUAAUGCUUGUAUCCAUCCAAUCCACUCAGAUCUACAGGAGUGGUUGGGGAGUAGGGGCUGGUGAAUAGGGUCU